CCCGCUUGGCUCCGAAUGCCGCCGCUGUUGCCGCUUGCCGUCGGGGUCGUGAGUCUUUUUUUUACUGAGCAGCAGGAAGGUUUGCAUUCUUAUGCCACCCUCUGGAGAGGCGGCGGCAACAGCAGCAGCAGCAGCAGCAGCAGGCGGCAACCAUGGCUGGGAUUGCAGCUAAAUUAGCGAAAGACAGAGACGCAGCCAGGGGCUUGGGCUCCAAUGCAAAGGCCGUGAAGUAUCUCAAUCAGGAUUUUCAGGCGCUGAGGGACGAGUGUCUUCAGGCGGGGAAGCUCUUCCAGGACCCCUCCUUCCUCGCGGCUGCCGCCUCUCUAGGCUACAAAGAACUCGGACCCAACUCGUACAAAACUCAGGGCAUCGCCUGGAAAAGACCGACGGAGCUGUGUUCUAAUCCUCAGUUUAUCGUUGGAGGGGCUACCCGGACUGAUAUCUGCCAAGGAGCUUUAGGAGACUGCUGGCUCCUGGCAGCCAUUGCAUCUCUGACUUUGAAUGAAGAGAUUUUGGCUAGAGUUGUUCCCAGUGAUCAGAGCUUCCAGGACAAAUAUGCAGGAAUCUUCCACUUCCAGUUCUGGCAGUAUGGAGAGUGGGUGGAUGUUGUUGUUGAUGAUAGGUUGCCCACCAAAAAUGGAGAGCUUCUCUUUGUUCACUCAGCAGAAGGAAGUGAGUUCUGGAGUGCCCUACUUGAGAAGGCUUAUGCCAAGGUGAAUGGAUCAUAUGAGGCUCUCUCUGGGGGAAGCACCACUGAGGGUUUUGAGGAUUUCACUGGUGGUAUUGCAGAGUGGUACGAGUUGCAAAAAGCACCACCAAACCUGUUCAGAAUCAUCCAGAAGGCUCUUCAAAAAGGUUCCCUCCUUGGAUGCUCAAUUGAUAUCACAAGUGCUGCUGAGACUGAGGCUGUCACAUCACAGAAGCUGGUCAAAGGGCAUGCAUAUUCUGUAACAGGUGCAGAAGAGGUGAAUUUCCGAGGCAGCAUGCAGAAAUUGAUCAGAAUCCGAAAUCCUUGGGGGGAAGUAGAAUGGACUGGAAAAUGGAAUGAUAACUGUCCAAGCUGGAAUAGUGUUGAUCCUGAUGUGAGAGAAAAACUAACCAGAAAACAUGAAGAUGGAGAAUUCUGGAUGUCAUUCAGUGAUUUCCUAAGGCAUUACUCCCGCCUUGAGAUCUGUAAUUUGACUCCAGACACGUUGACAAAUGAGAAGUAUAAGAAGUGGAGCCUAAAUGUGAUGGAUGGGAACUGGCGAAGAGGCUCCACUGCUGGUGGCUGCAGAAAUUACCCCAAUACAUUUUGGAUGAACCCACAAUAUUUGAUUAAACUUGAGGAAGAAGACGAAGAUCCUGAUGAUCCUGAGAAAGGGUGCACAUUCCUAGUGGGCCUGAUUCAGAAACACCGCCGGAAGCAAAGAAAGAUGGGGGAAGAUAUGCAUACCAUUGGCUUUGCCAUCUAUGAGGUACCUCAACAGUUUUCUGGCCAAACCAGUGUUCACCUUAACAAAAACUACUUUCUGACAAACCGAGCAAAAGAGCGAUCAAAUACUUUCAUCAAUCUCCGAGAGGUGCUAAACCGGUUCAAGCUCCCAGCAGGAGAAUACAUUAUUGUACCAUCCACUUUUGAACCCAACAAGAAUGGAGAUUUCUGCCUCCGAGUUUUCUCUGAGAAGAAUGCAGAAUCACAAGUUGUUGACGAUGAAAUUGAAGCCAAUAUUGAAGAGAAAGAACUCACUGAAGAUGAAAUUGAACCAAGUUUCAAGAAACUGUUUGGACAGUUAGCCGGAGAGGAUGGUGAGAUCUCAGCCUUUGAACUGUGUACUAUUUUGAGGAAAAUCAUGGCAAAACGCCAAGAUAUUAAAUCAGAUGGCUUCAGCAUUGAAACAUGUAAAAUCAUGGUUGAUCUAUUAGACACUGAUGGGAGUGGUAAACUGGGAUUGAAGGAGUUCCAUGUACUUUGGACAAAGAUUCAAAAAUAUCAGAAAAUUUACCGAGAAAUAGACGUAGAUCGUUCUGGAACCAUGAACUCCUAUGAGAUGCGGAAAGCCUUAGAACAAGCAGGCUUCAAACUGGAUUGCCAGUUGCACCAAGUCAUUGUAGCCCGUUUUGCUGAUGAACAGCUGAUAAUUGAUUUUGACAACUUUGUUAGGUGUUUGAUCCGACUGGAAACUUUAUUCAAAAUAUUUAAGAAAUUGGAUACUGAGAAAACUGGAACCAUACAGAUGAACCUUGUCACUUGGGUAUGUUUUACUAUAAUAUGAACAAGCAACAGUUCUUAGUAGAAGACUUCUCACGGGAACAUUAAUAUUAAUACAGAAUAUGCAAAAAAACUGCUAUAUUUCAAAACAUUGACUUGUGCCUUAUAUUUAUGAACAAACCUGCUGAGGAAAAAGAGCAUUGAAAAGCAAGAUUAAUGCACAAAAAGUUUUUUACCAUGUUAAUGUCAGCGUACACACUUUAUGUUAUUCUGUUUUAUUUGCUUAUGCUGCUCUAAGUUUGCCACAAGAAGGAAAUGUAUUUUUAAAUGAAUGUUCAAUGUCUUUAAGGUCCUGGUGAGCAGAUGCUACUUUUAUGAAAUCAGUGCAACCUAUUUUAUUUAAUUGCCAAUUCUAAAAUCCUAGAAGGUAGCAUCUGAAAACAUAUUCUAAUACUGUGCAAUAAAGUAAAUUACAUGUUGUAAUUAAUUUACAACUGUUAUUUUUCACAGGACCAUUUGCUACAGUGAUUUCAGCACCAACUGAAAUCAAACUCUUGUACCAAUAUUCAGUACUUUAUAGAGAACUCCACUGCCUUUGUCCCUCAAACACAUGAUAACUGUAUCAUGUAUCUCAAGUCACACCAUCCUUUGCCUUUUCUAUUCCUCAAAAAAAAAAUUAAGCCUUGAACCUCUUGUAAAAAUAAGUGAAAGAAGCCAUUUUACUAUACAGCUAAUCAGAUCAAGAAUAUGUUGGCCCUUCUUCUGAUCAUCAUGCUAUAAAGAUCCAUUUCAGCAGUUCUGAGACUAUAACAGCAGUUAUUUAUAGUUAUAAAAUGUAUGCUUAUAGAAAAUUAUGUACAUGUUAUGAAAUAGCCUGACAACAAUGACUUAGAAACUCACAUUUUCUAUCUAAUACAGGAGAUAUCUAAAACAAGAUACCAAAUUACCUGCAAUAGUGAUGUUCUAACUGUUGAUAAUGGAAUAAAUUCCUUGGGAUUACAGUG